AUGCAGCCGACGUUGCCCGCCCUCUGGUCGGAGAUAGAGCGGUACCGGCGGCGGCGCGGGCGCGUCAUGCUCGCCGAGCUCAGCGAGAUCACUGCGCGCGCGCACCAGAUACAUCUGCAGGUACAUGUCUCAUGUAACGUGCAGCAGAUGCAGCCGACGUUGCCCGCCCUCUGGUCGGAGAUAGAGCGGUACCGGCGGCGGCGCGGGCGCGUCACGCUCGCCGAGCUCAGCGAGAUCACUGCGCGCGCGCACCAGAUACAUCUGCAGGUAGAUGUCUCAUGUAACGUGCAGCAGAUGCAGCCGACGUUGCCCGCCCUCUGGUCGGAGAUAGAGCGGUACCGGCGGCGGCGCGGGCGCGUCACGCUCGCCGAGCUCAGCGAGAUCACUGCGCGCGCGCACCAGAUACAUCUGCAGGUAGAUGUCUCAUGUAACGUGCAGCAGAUGCAGCCGACGUUGCCCGCCCUCUGGUCGGAGAUAGAGCGGUACCGGCGGCGGCGCGGGCGCGUCAUGCUCGCCGAGCUCAGCGAGAUCACUGCGCGCGCGCACCAGAUACAUCUGCAGGUACAUGUCUCAUGUAACGUGCAGCAGAUGCAGCCGACGUUGCCCGCCCUCUGGUCGGAGAUAGAGCGGUACCGGCGGCGGCGCGGGCGCGUCACGCUCGCCGAGCUCAGCGAGAUCACUGCGCGCGCGCACCAGAUACAUCUGCAGGUAGAUGUCUCAUGUAACGUGCAGCAGAUGCAGCCGACGUUGCCCGCCCUCUGGUCGGAGAUAGAGCGGUACCGGCGGCGGCGCGGGCGCGUCACGCUCGCCGAGCUCAGCGAGAUCACUGCGCGCGCGCACCAGAUACAUCUGCAGGUACAUGUCUCAUGUAACGUGCAGCAGAUGCAGCCGACGUUGCCCGCCCUCUGGUCGGAGUUAGAGCGGUACCGGCGGCGGCGCGGGCGCGUCACGCUCGCCGAGCUCAGCGAGAUCACUGCGCGCGCGCACCAGAUACAUCUGCAGGAGCUGCGUCGUUUGCGAGAACUUCACGCAAGACUAGAGUGGCCACGAGCGCACCGCCCCGAGAUUGUGCUCUACACACCUGGUCAGCUUAGACAGCAUAUCAGGUUGGGCAACUCGGCAGAGGACUCUAUCCAAGCAGCGCAGCCCACCUCAUCCACAGUCUGGAGACCGGGACCGCUUGGUGCACAGUGGCAUCUACCAGACAACGAUCUCAUGAGCGACAGUGGGAAGACAAGCACAACUGUAGACGGAGAAUGGUCAGUGUGGAAGGCGGCGCGGGGUUGGGGGGCGGGGGCACUCCUGCUGAUAGCAGCCCUUCUGCUCGUGCGCGCCACUGAUCGAUGCUUUACGCGGAACUAUGCACGAUCGCGUCGAAGACGAUCUGAAGAAUGGCCGACACCUAACGUACUUGCAACUAGCAAUCGUCACCCACUAAGCGUAGAUCCCGAAGUGCCAAAUGAAUUCGACGCCUACCCCUCAGAAUCCAGCGAAAUAAGCAACGAUGUGAUUUUCAAUGCGGAUCUUCCGCCACCAUAUUCAGAAUGCGCUAACGAUGCCCACAAACACAACAAUCGAGAGGAACCGCCCCCGCCUUAUUCUGAAUGUUACGUUGCUUUUUCCAAUCCCAAAAACGGCACCCCAUCCGUACGCUUUUUAAACAGUCAACGACAAAAUAUAUUCGUCGAGGACAUGGCAUCUACUACUCGAUAUAUCAAUGUGCAGACAUCAACUGACGAGCUUACUGAAAUUGCUCAUUCUAGCAAUGGUUUCAAUCAUAUAGAUACUGGACAAAUUCCCCACAAUCCGAUUGGUGAUCGAAUACACAGGAUACCGUACGUUGAGAAUGCUGCUGAGAGAGAUGAUGAAUCCGACGAUUGCAAUGGGAAUUGCAUUAUGGAUUCUCUUGAAUGUAUCAAUGUUGGUCCCGCCCCGUUAGCUUCUGAAGAGUUAUCCACAGACACUCAGGAUGAUGUAACGAUAGAGAUUGAUAAUUAUAAUGAAGAAAUGGCAAGUUGUUAAUUUGUGAGACAGAAGGAUUGAAAUUAUGUUUCGAGUAAGGAAACGCUUAGGCAGAAGCCACAUGGUGCGGCGUUGGUGCGGUGGCCUGCAAACAAAUAUCAAUGACUAGCGGACGCCCACGACUUCGUCCGCGUGGAAUUUAGUUUUUCACAAAUCCCUCGGGAACCAUGGAUUUUUCGGGAUAACAUGUAGUAUAUGUGUUAAUUCAGGCUAUAAUAUAUCUUAAUACCUCAGCUAAUUCGGUUCAGUAGUCGAGGCGUGAAAGAAUAACAAACAUUCUUAUCAUCAAAAUCAUCAGUUUUCGCAAAUCUCGGGAAACCAUAGAUUUUUUAGGGAUACAAAGUAGCCUAUGUGUUAAUCCAGAGUAAAUUCUUUUUUCAUUCCAAAUUUUAGCUAAAUCGCUUCAGUAGUAGCGGCGUUAUAGAGUAACAAACAUCCAAACAUCCAUACAAACUUUCGCAUUUAUAAUAUUAGUAGGAUAGAAUAUACCAGACGGCGCGUUCCGGCUCCGCACGGCAGGUCACACUAUCUGCCACGGCGCCGCACACUAUCUGCCACGGCGCCGCACACUAUCUGCCACGGCGCCGCACACUAUCUUCUACGGCGCCGCACACAAUCUGCCACGGCGCCGCACACCACGUCAUGUGUACAGCGACGCAAAACGUCUUAAACGCGGCGCCGCACCGCACUGUGUGGCUUCACUCUUAUGAUUUUCAAGAGCUAAUUUGAGAUUAUACUUACAUUUUCAGGAGUUAUUUUUCUACUGAAGCAAUAUGCUUAUACGUAUCUAUAUCUGCCUAUUUGAUUUUCUUUAUACUCUCAUGAAAAACAAAAUAUAAUACACGUAAAUUAUAAUUUAAAAGUAUCUAAUAAAUUUAAGCUUUCUAACUUUAAACAUAGCAGCAAUAUCUUAAGCAAUUACUUAGAAUUUAAUAAAAAAAGCCGGGUUGUGUAGAGAAAAACAAUGUUUUGACUUGCCUAUCUAAUUUUGUAGUUUAAUUGUGUAUUUAUUUAUAUAUUUAAUGUAUUUAUUUUUGAAAAAUACUCAAUAAAAUAUAGAAACAA